GAUGUGGAUGUGACUUUCACCGUGGGCUUUUCCCCUCGUGGUUUUACUGUGUUUACAGUCCAUUAAUGAUUCUCUGUGUGAAAUUCAACUUCUGGUGGAAAACUAGCAUUUACACCUAGUUCCCCUCUAAAUAUCAAGAGGUCUAAGUGUAUCAGUUGUAUUAAGUUUAGCCCGCUCUGUGUGACUCCUCUCAAGAUUCAUCUGACGCAAACUUACAGCUGUCUGCAACCAACUUUAUUCUAAAAUCAAAGUAGAUUACCGGCUUUCACGUACACCAAAAUGCUCGAAAAGUGGUGUUCUUAUUCUUCACACGGAGAGGUGAUUCCGAACACAAGGAUCAUAGCUUUCAAAGUUCCUCUGAGAAAGGAAUCGAUGCAAAACAGAGAUGCAAAAGAAUGGUUUACACUGGACGAUCUCGUGAAGGCCAUACCAAAUUUAGGUCUAGUCAUCGAUCUCUGCAACACCCAAAAGUACUACAAACCAAAGGAUUUGGAAUCGAGGGGAAUUAUACACAAGAAGGUCGUGUGUGUUGGAGGAGCAGUCCCACCAAAAUCUGUCACAGACAAAUUUUGUUCUAUCAUUGAUGACUUCUUGAAAGAAAAUGACUCAGAUAAAUUAGUAGGAGUGCAUUGCACUCAUGGACUGAAUAGAACAGGAUACUUAGUUUGCAGAUAUUUAAUGACGCGAUUAAAUAUGACACCUAACGAUGCCAUUAAAGCGUUCGAAGAGGCCCGAGGUCACCAGAUCGAGAGGCCGGAGUUCAUCGAGUACCUGAAAAAAUUCGAGGACCCAGAAUUCGUGGACAACGACAUCCGCAGCAACAAAUUCGUGCCGAAUCGGGGGUGGUCGGGCAGGCCCGCUCCCCCGCACGACGACAACCGCGGUCCCCCUAUCGAUAGACACCACUUCAGGGACGAUAGAUAUAAUCCCAGGGACGAUAGAUAUAACCCCAGAGACGAUAGAUAUAAUCCCAGAGACAGAGGUUUCUACCCCAGAGACGAUAGGUACAACCCCUACCAUAGGGAGUCGAGGCAUACACCUUGUUCCGGGUUCGGAAGCCCCCUGGACCGGGAAGAAAGUUAUCCCAACCGUAGGUAUAACGAUUUCCCGGGUCGAUGGGGGCGCGAACCGCGUCAUCCGGGUGCGUUUGAUGACGUCAGCGAGCCCCAAGAAGGUAGACCUGCCCAUUGGGAUAGGAGCUCCAGACCACAGUUUAAUUCCCGCCGUGGUAGGAGAGAUAACGAACCGUCCACGCGCCUCCGGAGAUGAUACUACUGUCGAGUGGUCGCACUCGCCUUAGAGCAAAUUGAUGUACAGUGACUUUUAAGUCAGUCCACGGAAAAUGUCGUUGUACUGAAAUCUUGGGGCUAAACGGAGGUCGGUGAGAAAUCUAAAUCGCCUCGCAAAAUUGUAUCGAUCGGGUUUUUCAUGAGGAGAGUUUUUGGUCUGAGCUAAAGUCGUGUCCCUUCAUAUUCUGAAUUCCUCAUUUUUUAAUGUCCUCGGAACGUGCCUCUGGAAAGUUCCCUAAUUGCUAGAAAAUUCAUGCAUCUCAUUCUUUCUUAUCAAGAUGUAGUUUGAAAGUUGUCCGGGUUGCUGUAUAGUCUUUCAUCAGCGUAUCUGUAAAUCAAGGCAUAGGUUAAUUUUCACGAAAAGCCGAUGAAAUCUCAUAACUUAAAGUAGAUUAUCUCUGCCCUUUUUCGCUGACGCUGCAUUAGUUAAAAAUAUGAUCGGAUUUAUGAAAAAGGACUUUAUCUUCCGUGAGGAAAUUUUCCCUCAACUCAAAAAUUGAAGUAAAUAUGAGUUCUGAAUUUCCACAACAACAAUUCUUAGGUUGUAGAAUAUGCGGUUUUUAACUUUGAAAAUAAGCUAAGGGACAUUUGCUCCAGGAAGAUAAGGUCCCUUUUCACAGAACUGGUCACGAAAGAGCAAUUUUUGUAUAACUAUACUUUAUUAAAUGUUGAUUAGCACACGAUUUAAUUCUGAAGGUACUCCAAAAUGUAUACUUUUUUCCGAUAAUGCUACCAUAAAGAAGCGUAAAAAUUUAAGUUAAAUUUUCCCAAAGCAUAGCAAGUAUGCUGUAAAAAAUGAAGAGUGAGUUUAAGUGAAGAAUACACACUGAUCGGAUGCUUUUUUUAAUUUUUGAUAGUUAGAUUAGGAGUAUUAAUCUCUCUCCGAUACGUGUUUUGUUAUAAUCUCACAAUGAUUUUCACCUUACUGACUUAUAUGUAUAAAACUAAUGAACUUUUGAUUUUCCUGCGUGUUAGAAAAUUGCUUCUCAUAGUUUUCUUUAGAAAACUUACGAUCUUCAAUUGCACCAUGAAAGGCUGAUCGCCCAAUUAAGACGAUUUUUCGUCCCUCUUGCGCGCCGGAGUUAUUGUGUUUAUUUAUGCCAAGGCUUUCUCUUCGGGUUCUCUCCUCCCCCCCCCCAAAUAAGUCCGAAAUUCUUUUAGCCAUUUUUUAGAAAUUAUAACAGCCCCACGACUUUUCCUUUUUCAUUUUAGGUUAUAUUUAACUAUCUUGCUAAAAUUCUUGCGUAUCUAAAAAUUUAUACAUGCGUGUACAAAAUGUCUUUCUCGUCACUUGUACCUUGCAUUUAAAUUUAUGUAAUUCAUUUUAAGUUAUAAGUAAGUAAUCUUUUUCGUUUAAAAUCAGACACAAAAUUUAAAAUUUAUCUUGAUCUCUCGUGACCUCUCUUUAUAUUUAUAAUGUUUGAGGCUGAUUAUCAGCAAGGUCAUAUUGAUAUUUUCAGUAAUUUUUUGAAAAUAGCGUAAAUCGUCAGUAUCAUUAUUUGUUUUUUUUCUGUCUUCGCCGAGAAUCGCCAUCGGCAAGUCAUGCAAAGUUUGUUUAUUUUGAUUGCAAGAAAGCGAUCUAACUUCAUUAUCUUUUACCAUCGCGUUGCAUGGAGUGACGUGGACUGUUUCAGAGUAAAUGUUUCAUCUUGUAUAUCUUUUUCCAUUUCUUUUUGCUGAGAAAGUAAUUUUUGGUCAAUAACUUUCUUCAUAUUUCUCUUUUUAACAAAGCAAAAUCCAAUCAUGAGGGAAAAAAAGAAAUAUUUUUGUUAACUAUUUAAGAUUCUUUCUUGAUGUUAAUAAAUUGAAAUUCCGAAGUAAAAA